AUGGUGCAGGACGGCAAGAAUGCGUUGGAGUGGGCCCGUCAUCCAGAAUCACUGUGCCACCCCCAUGGAGGCCAUGCUCAAGUCGAAGACUCUCCGCCGCCCAAGCAGUGGCAGUCAUCUUGGGUUGAUGAAGAGACGCAUGUCCACUUGGCUAGAUUCCCUUUUGCCGUCAGCACCAAGCUAGCAGUCAAGGAGGGAAUUGCUCGCGCCACACCUGAUGAAGUCAUGAGUGGCACAGUGGCAUCUGAAAGCCCGAUGUAG